CAUACCUUUGGUCUAUCACGCAUCUCCAAAACGGUAGACUUGCGACCUUCUCUCACAGUACAUCGACCCUCCCUCGCCAUGGUUUACAGGGGCAAGCCAUCAAGUGCAUGCCUUGAAUGCAGGAAGAAGAGAAGUAGGUGCGAUCAGGCUGUACCCUCUUGCGGACAAUGUGUGAGGACCAAGAGAAAAUGCUCGGGCUACAGGAAUACUAUGGAUCUCAUGUUCUUCGAUCAGACCCAAGAAGCAGCCCAAAAGAGCAGACAGCAAAGCCAGCCCGCUUCAUCUCGCUCGAGAUCAAUAACACCUCCAACCAAACAGACGAUUCAGACAGCAGCUAUACAGCAGUCUUUAAGCAAUGUCGUGAUAUGCGAAUCUCUGGAUGACCUAGCUGUCAACUAUUUCAUGCGCAUCUACGUCGGCAACAAUCCUGAUACAGCACAGUUCGGCUGGGUCUCUGGUCUGGCUGAUUCCACAGGCGGUCGUAGCUCAUCCGAACUACAGCAGAGUCUCAAGGCCGUUGGACUUGCUGGCUACGCAAGGGUCUCACAGCGCCCUGAUCUACUCAUGACGGCCACAAGAAGUUAUAUGGCUGCGGUACGAGAAAUAAAUCACAAGUUGUCUAGCUCAAAGCUGGGAGACGAUGAAAACGCACUGGUCACGGCAGUCGUUCUUCUAGCCAUGUUUGAAAUCAUGGCUCUCCCCAACGAAGAAGGCUACAGAAAUUUCUCCAGACAUAUACGUGGCGCUGUUUCGAUAGCAUGCAUGCUACUGGAGCAAAACAAGCAUGUAGAUGAGAAGCUACUCAAGUCCAUCAUGUACUGUGUUAUUGGAGAGUCUUGGGUAGGAAAUCAAGGGUUUCCACCCGAGUUCUACACCCUCUUCAGCGAGCUAGGUCCACAAAAGCAAACAGACUCCAUUUACGCUCAGAUGGUCGAGUUACUCAUAGAGAACAUGAGCUUCCGGCAUUCCCUUAGCAGUGGUGCACUUUCUUCUCCGAGAGAUAUCAUCGCCGAAGGAUUGCGUAUCCAUGAUCGUACACGGAAGCUUAUGAGUGCUCCCAACAUGAGUCGACAUAGCAACAUUUUUCUCCCGCCACCUGUAGGAGACCCUUUUCAUGACGCGCCAUUCUUUGGUAUGUUUUUUGAGAACGAGACUCGAUUGAGAGUACACUGUUGGAACAAUAUACGCUUAUGCUGGCUCCACCUCCAUCGGAUCAUCGUUGCUCAGUGCUCUAUGCUACUCUCGACUGGUACUGACCCAAGCGAUAAGCUCGUUUCCACCCAACCUGAAUCAGUGUCCAUUGCGUACCAACAAGCAGCGUCUACGACAGCCGUCAAAGAUCUUGCUAGAGAAGUCUGCGAAUCUAUGCCGAACAUUGGCAAACACGGCGAACUUGGCACAAGCUUCAAGAGUCUAGAAUUCGAGCUGGGGGAGACCAGCGACUUUCUCAAUAUGGAGGGCAUGACAUUUCCGAAUACCAUGGACGUACCAGCUAGUGUGCUCAUGGUUGCUUCACCUAGAGCAAGCGGUCUGUUCGUUAUUUACUACCAGCUUCAAAACCUCUCGACGAUUUCCGACCUACCCCCUGAUUUGCUAGACUGGAUACGCGGCCACCUCGAAGAAAUCCGUUCCAUUACCGAUCCCAACGAUACGAGAUUCCUUCAUACAUUGCUUCAGCAGCAACGGCUGGAUCAAGAAUCCCCGAUAGAAUCUCCUGGCAUCCUGAUCAAGUCAUCAACAUGA